AGCUGAAUCUCAACUUUUUUGCAAUUUUGGGGCCAGGGGUCUUCUUGCUGUUUCUGAGGGGUUUUUACCUGAAUCUUGGUGGUUUGGGUUUUUGUGGGCUGAAUCUUGGUGUUUUGGAGGUCCCCCAGAACCCUGAAGUUGGGAGAUGGGGGAGUCUUGGAUUCCUGGGACCCCCAGCAGCCUGGAGAGGGAGGGCAGGGACCCCGUAGAGGGGAGACCCCAAAUACACACGGGACUCCCAGCAGCCUGGACAGAGGGGACCUCCAGAAUCCCAAAGUGGAGGGACCAGAGAGGAGGAGCUCCUGGCUGGGGUUUUUUGGGCUGAAUCUUGGUGUCUUGGAGGUUUUUACGGUCAGAGGAUGCCCAGUGAGUUCUAGAGAUGGACUUGGGCAGGAGGAACCCCCAAGGCAACGCGCUCAGCCCUUGUUUGCCCCCAGCAGAAUUUGUCCUUCCCAAAGCUUGGGCGCAUGGAGGAGGAGGCUGCAAGGAAGAGGAAAAUGCCGCGGGCCCCCCAGGCAGGCCCCGAGCUGAGGACGGAGAGCACGGAGGACAAAUCCCCCCGGCAGAGCCUGGUGGGAGAGGCCGUUUUGAAGGGCUCCCCGGCGCAGGAAGGCAGCGGGGAGGAAAAGGCCCCGAGAUGCCCCCGGAGGAGGGGCUGCAAAGCCAGCCCAGGGAGCUCUGAGGAGGAAAGACCCGUCCUGUGCCGGGAAGGCGACCAGAGCUUGAGCCAGAGCUCUGAGCUGGUGGUCCCUGAGCAGCCUCCCAGCAGGGAGAAGCCCUUCAGGUGCUUGGAAUGUGGGAAGAGCUUCAGGAAGAGCACCUGCCUCCUCAGGCACCAGCACAUCCACACUGGGGAACGGCCCUACACGUGUAGGGAAUGUGGAAAAAGCUUCAGUGACAGCUCCACCCUGAUCCGACACCAGAGCAUCCACACUGGAGAACGACCCUACAUGUGUGGGGAAUGUGGGAAGAGCUUCAGGCAGAACUCCAACCUGACUGCACACCGUCGCAUCCACACUGGGGAACGGCCCUACACGUGUGGAGAAUGUGGGAAGAGCUUCAGGAACAACUCCACCCUUAUCAAACACCGUCGCAUCCACACUGGGGAAUGGCCCUACACGUGUGAGGAAUGUGGGAAGAGAUUCAGCAAGAACUCCCACCUGAUCCGACACCAGCUCAUCCACACUGGGGAACGGCCCUACACGUGUGAGGAAUGUGGGAAGAGCUUCAGGAGCAGCUCCCACCUGAUCCAACACCAGCGCAUCCACACUGGGGAACAGCCGUACAUCUGUGAGGAAUGUGGGAAGGGCUUCAGUAUCCGCUCCAGCCUCAACACCCACCGGCACAUCCACACUGGGGAACGACCCUACACGUGUAGGGAAUGUGGGAAAAGCUUCAGUGACAACUCCACCCUUAAGCCGUACAUCUGUGAGGAAUGUGGGAAGGGCUUCAGUAUCCGCUCCAGCCUCCACACCCACCGGCACAUCCACACUGGGGAACGGCCCUACACAUGUGGGGAAUGUGGGAAGAGCUUCAGUGACAACUCCACCCUUUUCCAGCACCGUCGCAUCCACACUGGGGAACGCCCCUACACGUGUGGGGAAUGUGGGAAGAGCUUCCACCGGAACUCUGACCUCCGCUGCCACCAGCUCAUCCACACUGGGGAACGGCCCUAUAAGUGCUUGGAAUGUGGGAAGAGGUUUCAGACCAGCUCCACUCUCCUCCUGCACCAGCGGACACACACAGAGGAGAGGCCCUUCCGCUGCACCGACUGCGGGAAGGGCUUCAAACAGAACUCCAACCUCGUCACCCACCGGCGCAUCCACACCGGGGAGAGGCCCUUCAAGUGUGGAGAGUGUGGGAAGAGCUUCACCCAGAGGUCUACCUUGACCAAACACCAACGGACUCACCAAUAAGGGAAGGCCCUACGAGUGCCCCAACUGCAGGAAGAGCUUCGGCCGCUGCUCCCACCCCGAAUGACCCCCUGAUGGUGAGGCAACCCCUGGAGUCCAGUGACUGUCAGUCCAUCCCUUUCUACCAGAAAGGGCCCAUCCCCUUUGCCAGGGGCAGGUUGUGCCAACAGAACCCUUCUUGGGGGGUGUGUGGAGAUUUCUGCCUUGGCUGGGGCCCCCCAAGGUCAGUGCUGGAGGUUGAGAGCAGAGAUCUCCCCACGAGCGUUGCUCUGGGGGAGUUCCAUCCAUCUCUAAUUCAUAAUUCUUGUUUUGGUGCCAGCUUGAGUAGAAUUGAUUUAAGAAUUGCUUUAGUUUAGUGCACUGUCCUAUCUUAUGCUGUACUACUGGUAGUUUUAGUGUUUCUAUUGUGCAGUAAAUAAUUCUGAUGAGGAUCUUUUGUCUGAUCAUUUGUAACCCUAAAUAAUUCAUUUCUAUCAAUAGAUGUGAUUUGUCAUGAUUAAAACCUGGGGGACAAAAGUGGUUCAGUCCCACCUCUGUAA